AUUUCCCGGAAGGAUCGAAUGUGAAAAUAACUUAUUCUUUUUUCUUCGUGUUAUUUUUGAUUUUUUCAUUUAAAAUGGAGUUUGGGGAGAUUUGACCUGCAGCGCAGUUCAGUUAUUGUAAGAGCUGAAUGUUUUUUUUAACAAGGAGAUCGUCCAGUUUAUUUCGUAUAGUCGAAUAGAUAAAGGACAUUUCCAUGGAGAACAUUUCCCCGUCACCUUUGGUCAAGCAAGAAAACAGAGCAAACAGCCCUACAUCCAUAAUUCAUGGAGGUCAAGUCAACAUUCCUCUUAGUGUGCAUCACUCCCCCCCUCAGCAGCUUCCUUUGGUCAAUCCUCCCUCUCAGGAAGAUCUGUGGCAUCUACCUGGACGGCUGCGAAUAAACCCAUCUCUGUGGGAUAAGGAGGAUGUUGCCCACUGGCUCCACUGGGCUCAGAAGGAGUACUCACUGCGCCGGCCCGAAAAAGGCCACUUUGAGAUGAACGGCCGAGCACUGUGCCUGCUCACCAAGGAAGACUUCAGACGCCGCUGUCCCAGCUCAGGUGAUGUUCUUUAUGAGAUCCUACAGUGUGUAAAACAGCAAAGGAGGAGUGUUGUCUGUGACCCUCCAAACACAUCUCCCUCCCUGGUAACUGGGAACAUCCAGAGCCCAAUCAGCUACCAGAUACCACCUCAGAGUGUCAAAGAGCCCCAGCCUGCCACUGUCAGUGACAGCCAGGUGUCUGCAGCUGUUGUAACCACUGUCGCCAACCAGCCAGAGCCCACAUCACCUCUCAGAGAUCAUCCCAUGAUCCUUUAUGCGUUCCAUGUUCCAGUCGCACAUACGAAUGGAUCAGCAGUUGUCUCUACGUUGCCCAACAAUCAAGUUCAGUGUCCUCCCCAAACAGAGAGCGUUAUCCAGGAGCCGCUCAACCUUUCCAGCCGAGAGAAGCCAAGGAGCCCUCUGCAUAAAGCCAACGGUCGCAUCCCAGAGUGCAGACUGCUGUGGGACUAUGUAUAUCAGCUACUGUGUGACGACCGCUACCAAGAAUACAUCCGAUGGGAAGACCAGGACAGCCUGGUGUUCAGGGUGGUUGACCCUAACGGACUGGCACGUCUCUGGGGAAACCACAAGAACCGAGACAAUAUGACCUAUGAGAAAAUGUCCCGUGCUUUGCGGCACUACUACAAGCUGAACAUCAUCAAGAAGGAGCGAGGACAAAAACUCCUUUUCAGGUUUCUGAAACUCCCACAGGACAACAGGAAACCAAUGGUUGACCCUGCAGAGUCCCCAGAAUACACUCCACCUCAGGACCAGGACUUUGUAGACAGCAGUCCUGCACAUGAGUUCAGUGAGGACCAUUUUGAGGUUUCCCCUGAUCGUGCUUCUCCACAGCCUCCUCCAUAGUAACAAGUGUAUUUAAAUGUCUUAAAUACAGUACAACAACACAACCGAUGACAGAAAGUGGGGAUUGUAGUGUAUAUAUCUCGCCUUUGGAGCUUCAGAAAAUUGCACAUGCAUAUACAGGUUUAACAAAUGCCCUGUUUUUUAGGUAUUGUGAAUUUUUGCACUGCGGGGUUGCUUUUGUUUUAGAUGUGAAUCAAUGCAUAUUUCACCAAUCAGAACGAACACUAAUAUUAAAGGGAAAGAGGAAAACUGUGAAAGAAAUCACACCAAACAGCCAAAUAAUUAUCAGAACAUACAUUUCUCAGGCUUGCUCAAUAUAAUUGCACUUAGUAGAAAUAGUUCCAGUUUGUUUUGUGGUUGUGAUUGAAUUUUUUGUGUUGCAGGUUAAAUGCCAGUUUGUACAAGUCGCACAGUUGGUUUUAUUAUAAUUUUGCCUGAAGGCAUUUGUUAAGUUUAAAUUUAAUGUAGCUUUCAAGUUAAUUGUCAUUGUUUUUUCUGCUUUGUAAAAUAAAUGUUUUGUAUGGUACAA